AUGGAUAUUUACACAACCGCCUUCUCCUAUCCUCGCCGGUCGCGUCACGUUCAUUCCUCCUCCUCCUCCCUCGACUUCCCCACCCACCCCCAAACAGAUCUCUUCCCUUCUCAUUUUCAGCAGCACAACAGCGGUCAUGUCGACUCUCACGUCGCCCCCUCGCAGGCUGAUGCGGACGCAGUUCAAAAGCUCGCCAUGAUGACCAUGGCCACCCAGAACUGCCAUGUCUCUUAUGCAGUCGCUGAUCAGGGCACUGGUUGGAAUUUCUGCAUUUCCGGUUCUUACCAGCAGGUCCUCUUUGCCCGAGGUAUGGUCCUCAAAGAUUGCCCAAUUCAGAACCGCUCGUCUAUCAAAGUGACGCGCUCAGAACUUCUCGAUUUUCCCUCGUCUAAGCCGGCGCUCAAACCAGAGGUCCGUCGACGUCUCGAUGAAAUUGCUUCGCAGACUCUCGCGCACAUCGCCGUUGUAAACAGUCCUUUUUCCCUCUCCACUCGGACGCCGCCAGACGGCAUCAGCAGUAGCGCAGGGUGGACUGGUCUUGAGACGGAGCGAGUAUGUGAAUUGGUCAUCACCGGUCAGGGGGAUUCGGUGGAGAUCGCUCGAGUGCGACUUCUCGUGAUGCUUGACGAAUUGAAUGGUCUCCAUGCCGAAUCGGUUGACAUUGAUCAGAAGUUGCAAGCCAUCGUCGCUGGACGCAAGCGCCAUGUCCUGCAGACCAUUCAAGAGGAGACAGCGACAAAUAUAUAUUAUCCCUCUCCUUUACAGGGUCUUGUUGGGCCUGAUAUCGCCAACAUGAGCGCUGUUCCUUCAAGUCCCGGGAACCCACGACUUAACAAGAAUGCUGUCUGGAUCACAGGUGAAUUUUUCGGUGUUCAGCGCGCGCGGGACACACUGCUUCAGAUGGCUCUCAACAAGAGCAAGGGAAUCAUUUCGAGAGACACCGCCAUUCUGCCCCGUAAAUUAGAUUGGAUGGUCACGGAUCGCACCGAGGACCUCAAAAUGAUCAUGAAUGAUAAUUCCACAUUUAUUCAAUUCCCGUCCAUCGGCAGCUCGACAAGCUUGAUAACUGUCUUUGGAGAUCACAGGGUCCACAUCCAGAGAACGAUUCGCUCUGUCAUGCAGCUCGCUUGCCAAUUUUACGUCGCUUCAUUCUGGCUGCUCCCAACGCAGUUCAAUGUCUUGUUACCUCCCUCCACGUUGAACGCGACUCAAGUGACCAAUAUCAUCAAGCAGGUCUCAAAUGCGACUGGUGCUGAGCUUGUCUUCAAAGGGAUGUGCUUCGAGAUGCACGGACUCGAGCAUGAAGUUCGACACGCCGUCAAUAUGAUCAUGGAUCUUGACAUCGUCAAGGCCUUUCAUCAUGAGAUCCGCUUCCAAAUCGAGUUGGCCAACGAGCAUCGCGAGUUUAUCAGUGGGAAGAAGAAUGGCAAGAUCAACAAGAUCAUGCAGACGACCAACGUGAAGAUCAAGUUUGAGACAUUCAAUGAUCACAAUUUCCUCAUCGACAUCGCUGGGAGUGACGGCUCUGUUAUCCAAGGACUCUCCCUUUUACAGGAAGAACUACCCGCGGAGAUCUCGUUCCAUGUUCCCGAGUCGUAUCACAAACGCAUCAUCGGUGUUGGUGGACGCAGUAUUCAACGGAUUAUGAAGAAGUACGGCGUCUACGUCAAAUUCUCGAAUGCCGAAGAGUUCGCCGCGCUGGGUGGGUAUAACGAUAACGAGGACAACGUCGUUGCGCGUACACCGGCCAAAAAUGCCAUUAAUCUGGAUAACUUAAAGCAAUCCGUUAUGGAGCUAGUCAACCCGAAGGAUAAGGAUUAUUUGAACGAAACGGUUUCUAUUCCGCGAAAAUAUCACCGCACGCUGUUGGGCGAGAAGAGCAUCUUCAUCCAUGAUAUUGAAAACAAGACAAAUUCGCGAGUCAGGUUCCCUGACAAAGAGAGUGCGUCAGACGUCAUCACGGUCUUUGGGCCAGAGAGCCAGAUUCAAAUUGCUGCCACGAUGCUGUUGGAUCACGUCCCGUUCGAAGCCGACAUGGCUGUGCCCCCUCAGGCCGACUUGCCUCGUAUCUGUUCUUCCCCUGAAUUCGCCGCUUUCGUCGAGCAGAUCAAGCACGACUGGCAGGUGGUCAUCUCUCCCAAUUUCAAGACUUUGGGGUCAGGCGCAGAGAUUCCAAUGGAGUGUUCGUUCAAGUUCCGUUGCCAGCGCAGUAACAGCGAUUUCCUCGUCAGCGCGCGCGAACUGCUCGAGCAGUUUUUGCUCAAUCACAACAUUCAUGUCUAUCCGUCGCCCACGGCCCACACCCACAAGCGGGGUGACUCAUUUGCCGAGGCGUUCCCCCAUUUCGACAGUAAAGUUCUUUCGACCAUGCCUCGCACCCGUGCAGGUUCUGCCGAUUUGUCACGGCCUGAACCCAUGAUUGACAGGCGACUCAGGCUUGCCAACUCGUCUCCGGAUGUGAAGGCCUUGUUCAAUAACUCUCCUUCUUACAUCUACCAUCUAGAAGAGGCUCAAGAUAGCCUUGAUAGUCAAGCCAACUACGUGCCUGGCCCGUCUGUCAACGACUAUUGGAAUCCCCAGCCGCCGAUUGGUCGUCAUGGACGUUUCUUGUCAAUGUCGCACGUCGCAGAGGAUAUGUCACCAAGGUCUGGCUUCCCAUCUCAUGUGUCUCAAAUCGACGACGCGAUGAAGCGAGGCUCGGACUCGCUGCUUGAAGCGAAGCUCAAAGACCAAAUCUCGAAGCCUCGCUCGCUGACGAAUCGCGCGCAGUCGCUCGACCUGACCCUCUCGCUCCAACGCAUAAACGAGUCGUCCCGCCUCGGUCCCCCUGAUUCUCCCACCAACUCCAUCGGCGAUACGGGGCCAAGCUCGAGUCCCACGUCGGCCACGGCACCUUCUUUCCCUAGCGUGUACGGCCCGCCAUCUGUGCGGCCCGCUGUCGUGGCUGGCCACACCCACACCCUCCGCCGAACCGCACAUAGUCUCGACGACGAAGCCGUCGACGAAGUAGCAAGAGUGAUAUCGAACUUGGGACUCUGAUUACCAGGGAUCUAUUAUUCUAUGGUAUGAUAGUGAUUAGCUAUUCGCACGUAUCGAGCGGUCGUUGGCAAGCAGAAGGGCCCGCCUGUAAAAAUUCCUUUGUAUCCGGAAGGACCGUGGACUUUUGUCUACAAAAGAGUCUCUCAUCUCUUACUGCUGUUCGUUUCUCUUUUGUUUGUUUCCCUUCGCAACUGAUCUCGUAUCUCAUCUCGUACACAAUAUUGAAUACAUAUUACUACAUCAGUCUCCUAUUUCUAUUCCCCCUCACUUCGCACUCCUCUCGCUCACCUGCUCUCCCAAAUCUCAGCUGCUCGUGGCUUUCUUCAACAUCGUUCUGAUCCUCUGCACUUCUAUUACAUCUCACAUGUAACAUAGUAUAUGAUGUUCCUACGCUAGUGGGCUGGUCAUAUCUUUAUCUCAUUUCUCCGCU